UUUUCACACUUCACCCAGUUAGAACAGAGGUUCUCCAGCCCCUUGCUUAGGGCAGUGACUUCAGGAGCACUCAGUGCCUGCAUUUCCCAGGGAGUAUAAGCCUCUGGAUUGUUCCUGUGCCAGGGGCUCCAGGGAGUACUUGAAUACACACAGCACUUUCUGCUGUGUUAGUGGAAACAUUCCUGAACUCUAUCAUCAGAAACCUCUCUUCUUUCCAGAGCUGAUGGUCCACAGUUAACCAGCAUGGAUCAGUUCAUAUCUGACUUCCUGGAAGGAAAGAAUUUUCAACAAUUGGCCACCAACUUUGUCCCUUACUACACCACAUUAGUCAGUAAGGUAGGGGGGAUCAUCUCUCCAGAAAAUCUUGAUAGAAUUCAAGGAGCCCUUAAAGAGGCCAAGCUAAAAGAUGUGGCUGACAUAAUUGAGGAAUUACUUAUGGCAGCAGAGAAUGCUCCCCUGGAUGUGGCUGUGAUUGGGGAAUCUGGCACUGGGAAGUCCAGUUUCAUCAAUGCCCUGCGAGGACUUAGUUAUGAAGAGGAGGGUUCUGCGAGUGUUGGCGUUGUGGAGACUACCAUGAAGAAAACGCCCUAUCAACAUCCCAAAUAUCCUAAUGUGACCUUCUGGGACCUGCCUGGAACUGGAACCCCCAAUUUCCAUCCACAUGAAUAUCUAGAAAUGGUGGAAUUUGCUACCUAUGACUUUUUCAUCAUUAUUUCUUCCUGUCGGUUUAGCCUCAAUGAUGCUUUGCUGGCCCAAAAUAUCAAAGAGAUAGGCAAGAAGUUCUACUUUGUUAGAACCAAGGUAGACAAUGAUUUAUAUAAUGAAGAGAAAAGCAAACCCACAUCUUUCAAAAGGGAGAGAGUGCUUCAGCGGAUACGUGACAACUGCCUGGCUAAUCUCAGCCACAUUGGAGUGCCUGAGCCAUGCAUCUUCUUGGUCUCCAACUUUGACCUGGAUGACUUUGAUUUCCCAAUACUGGAAGAGACUCUGCUGAAGGAGCUCCCUUUUCAUAAGCGCUACACCUUUGUACUCCUGUUGCCCAAUUUGUCUGAUGCUUCCAUUGAGGUGAAGAGAGCUUUCCUCAAGGAGAUGAUCUGGCUGGAUGCCCUGAAAUCAUCUGCUUUGAGCUUCAUCCCCUUCAUGGCCUGCUUUAAUGGCUUUGAUUUGCCCCAGCAGGAAAAGUGCUUGAACCUUUACCAGAGCCAUUUUGGUUUGGAUGAGAAUUCAGUCAAAGAGAUUGCAAAGAAACUGGGCAUGUCUGUGGAGAAGAUCAAGAGUUUCACCAAGUCCUUGAAUUUCUGGUUACUUGUGAAGGAUGAAAGCAUAGCAGCCAGGGCCAUGAAGUGUGUUGAAUGCUAUUGCUCAGUAAAUGGAAGCCUGCCAUCCACUGCCUUCCAGUUUUUGAAAACCUACUUUCUACAUUUGAAAUUCAUCAAUACAGUCGCUGAUGAUGCUAAAAUUCUCUUGCAUAAGACUUUAGAGAGCAUAAGUCUUAGAAGAUGCCAGAGAGAUGGGUCAGACUGCCUAACUGAAUAACAAAUGGGCCUCAGGUCUUGGGUUCUGUAGGUGGGAGUGGAGUCCUCUUCCACCCACCACCAAGACCAGAUCUUUCCUAAGGUAACGAGAGUGUCUCUCCAUUGGACAAAAGCAUUGCUCCAUAUUGAUACUCCACUGCUAUGCAAAAGGGACCAUGACUUCUUUCUGCACUCCUUAGGCUAUUUUGCUGAAAUUAUGACAGAAAUGCACCCCAUAGUUUUCAUUAAUCUCCAUGUGUUAUAAGGUAGCUUACAUUUGCUUCUUUUACUCAGUUAAUAAACAUUUGGUACAAUCAA